AUGGGAAAGAAGAGAAAGGCCUCUGGCCGUGGCGAUGAGCCAAAGGGCCCCAAAGAGCUGGACUCUGCCGAUGCCCGGCUCGGUCCAAUAUCUACCUACGAGGAUAUCGCCGAUUCCGAAGACGAGUACUUCUUAAAACAGGACAAGAUUUUGCUCGAUGACGACCACGGUUCGAAGCGCAGAAGGCAGGAUGACGACUUCGAACUUUCGGACGAGGAGCUCCUGGCUUACGAGGACACCGACGAAGAUGACGAGGCCAACCCCAGCAGGUCACGGGGAAAGCCGGACGCCGAUGAUGACGAGGACGGCGGCGAGGAUGACGAGGACGGCGGCGAGGAUGACGGUAAAGCGGAUGAAGGCUGGUGGGGAUCAUCCAAGCAAGAAUAUUACGAUGCGGACAACAUCGAGACGGAGGCCGACGCGCUGGAAGAAGAGGCCGAGGCGAAGCGCUUGCAGAAGAAAAAGCUGUCGAAGAUGAAAGAGGAAGAUUUCAUAUUUGACGGCGACGAUUGGUUAGCGGGAGAGUCUGGCGUCGACGGCAACGACGACGACGACGACGAGAGGGUCACAGAAGUCCUCAAGGAUGUCGAGGUCACCGAAGACAUGAGCAUCGACGAGCGGUCCCAAAUUCUUGCCACAAGAUACCCUGAAUUUGAGCACCUCGCCAACGAGCUCCAAGACUUGCAACCUGUCCUCGCCGGCCUGAAAACCGAGGCUGCGGGUCAAUCGGCGGCAACGUUGGCUACGGUCAAAUAUUGGGUGUUGGGGUGCUACGUCGCCUCCCUAGCCAGCUACUUUGCUAUUCUCACAUCGCCGGCACGGGAUGCGGAUGCGGCACGAAAGCCCCUCAAUCACCUUGAGCUGCGUGAGCAUGAUGUCAUGGAGACAUUGUUCAGCUGUCGCCAAGCUUGGGAAAGAGUCAAGGAUAUGAUAUCUCUCGGCAGCGCAGACGAAUCAUCAACCGACGUCGACGUCGACAUGGACAUGAACGCAUCUGCUGACGUUUCUGCGAAGAGCUCAAGUGAAGUGCGGGAAAGGAAGAAGACGUCCAAGGCUGAUAAGGCGAAGGCGGCGGCGAAGCAGGCAGAGAAGUUGGCCAAGGCCAAGGCGAUCGAGGCAAGCGUCGCCGACCUGUACCAUCUGCCCAUCAGCACGCGCAAGUCGGCAAGGACCAAGACUGUAUCCGUCAGCCAGGACGACGGGAAUUCCGACUUUGGUGAGGAGGACACGCUCGACGCCCGUACGGCCGCGGACAAGGCUGCGCGGAAGAAGAGCCUCAAGUUCUACACCUCACAGAUUGUGCAGAAGGCAAAUCGUCGUGCAGGCGCAGGCCGCGAAGCUGGCGGCGACAUGGAUAUCCCUCACCGGGAACGACUUCGGGAUCGCCAGGCUCGACUUCUUGCCGCGGCAGAAAAGCGUGGCAAGCAGGAUUCCAAGCAUGGCGCCGAUCUUGGUGACGACAGCGACGACGAGGAUAGCAAGACGGCCAACGCGUUGCGCGGGGAGGAGGACGAGUACUACGACAUGGUUGCUCAUGCUUCCAAGAACAAGCGAGACGAAAAGGUGGCCAGAUACGCGGCAUUUGCCGCAGCCAGCAAAGCCGACAGAGUAGUGGAGAAGGAAGAGGUCGGUCCGGACGGGAAGAGGAAGAUCACCUACGCCAUCGAGAAGAACAAGGGCCUCGCUCCGAAGAGGAGCAAGGAUGUGAGGAACCCGAGAGUCAAGAAGAGGAAGCAGUACGAGGCCAAGCAGAAGAAGCUGAAGAGCAUGAAGCCCACCUGGCAGGGAGGUGAGCCCAAGGGAGGAUACCGGGGCGAACUGUCCGGUAUCAACACCGCGGUCAUCAAGAGCGUCAAGCUAUAG